AUCUGCAAGCAAAGCCAAAGAUUUGUCAAAAUGUCCUCCCGCCAACUUUCGAACUACACACUGGAUCGCCUCGAGGCAUCGCUGAGCCGGUUCUUUCUCCAGGAAAACUCCAGCACAACCGCGGUAACUUACGGGUCUUCCGGAUCGUCGAAAGGCAACCACCAACACCACGGCUUCAAGCUGGUGGCCACCGAAACCAAGGUCGUGCAGGAAACGACCCACCGCGAGCUGGUCCUCGAGGGCAGCUAUGGGAACAGCCAGGAUUCGGACGGAGAUGAUUCCGGCGCUGCCGCCGGCGAGCGAAGUUCGUACGGCAAUGGUCCGACGGAACAGGUGGGCUACGAAGCUCCGUCAGGUGGAAUAAUUGGUUAUGCGGUGGCCUCGAAUCAGUACGCCGAGAAGGAGUACUACCGUGAAGCGCAGGAAAGUUCCGAGCAGUACGAGGAGUCGUCCGGGUACGACGGGGGGUACGAUGGUGGUUAUGAGUUGGAUUCGUACGGGGAGCAGUCGGAUUAUGACGGGUAUUACAGUGGAUAUGGUGACUACUAUUAAGGUGGUCUAAAGUUUUCGUAAAAAGAUGCUUAAGUACGUUCCAUUAUCGUACUCUCUGAAGGCUGGCUGCAUGAACAUGAAUACAGUAAGGAGAGUGUGAUAUCUGUGCAAGUGAAAUGCUAUAUGCUUACCUUGUUGUCGAUUUAAUGUGUAUUUCGUACUUAUUGGAAGAAUGUUAACGAAUAAAAAUGUAUGAGUAAA